CCCGGCGGUCCUCUGAAGGGAAGUGGAGACUCUCCUCCUCCAUCCACACCACCCACCGAUAAUAUUGUCCCGGAUACCGAGGCGGGCACUGCUCGCUCGAGACCGACAGCCAAGCCAGACCGAGACGAGAGAAAAGACCAUCCUCCUUUCCCCUCCCUCUUUUUCUCUCUCUCUCUCUCUCUCACACACGUUCAAUCACUCCAAUCUCUCUCUCGUACACACGCAUUCACUCUCUUCCUCAUCCCCAUUCCCGGGACCGACAUGGACAAGAACGAGUUGGUGCAGAAAGCCAAGUUGGCCGAGCAGGCCGAGCGCUACGACGACAUGGCGGCCUCGAUGAAAGCGGUUACCGAGCAAGGCAUGGAGCUCUCCAACGAGGAGCGCAACCUGCUGUCGGUCGCGUACAAGAACGUGGUCGGGGCCCGGCGCUCCUCUUGGCGGGUCAUCUCCAGCAUCGAGCAGAAGACGGAGAGCCACGAGAAAAAGCAGAUGAUGGCCCGGGAAUACCGGGAGAAAAUCGAGACCGAGCUGCGGGACAUCUGCAAUGAUGUACUGGCUCUUCUUGAUAAAUACUUGAUUGCCAAUGCUUCUUCUCCAGAGAGUAAAGUUUUCUACUUGAAAAUGAAGGGAGAUUACUACCGUUACUUAGCUGAAGUGGCUUCUGGGGAUGACAAGAAAGCCACUGUGGACAAUUCGCAACAAGCCUACCAAAAUGCGUUUGAAAUCAGUAAAAAAGAGAUGCAACCAACACACCCUAUCCGCCUGGGACUGGCCCUUAACUUCUCGGUGUUUUACUAUGAAAUUCUUAACUCUCCAGAACAAGCUUGUACUCUUGCAAAGACUGCAUUUGAUGAAGCAAUUGCAGAGCUUGAUACAUUGAAUGAAGAUUCCUACAAAGACAGCACAUUAAUAAUGCAGUUAUUGCGAGAUAACUUGACAUUGUGGACUUCAGACAACCAGGGAGAAGAGGCUGAUGCUGGUGAAGGAGAGAACUAAACUUCCACCUUCUAGUUCUGUCUGCCUCAUUCCUAAAUCUUCACCAUCAAGACUAUUUGUAAUCUCUGCUGUCCCACUAGUUUCUAUUUUAGGUCUUUUGGAGAGCUUCUGUCACUUCUGUUGGGUCUCUGUGUUUCCCAUGUGGUUUGUGUUUGAUAGGGGAGAAGAGCCAGUUCAUAUUGGGAACUCUUGUACUGUAUGUUCCAGGUGGCCAAUGUAAAUUCAGGGUGUGGAAUUUUUUUUAUACCAGUUUUAAACAUUUGGUUAGUACUCUUUUUGUAGCUGUGGUUUACCACAAAGCUAAUGUCAAAUGUUUCCUGUACUAGCAAAGAAGGAUGCCCAUAACUUAGUGUAUGUAAUGGGAAAUGGCAUAGAUUCAGUUUGAAUUGUGCAAUUUCUAAGGAGUUACUAAUCGGUAGAUAAAACCUACACCAUCUAUUACAUGUCUCAGGAUUUUUGGGAUAGGGCAGAGGAGGAUUAACAUUCCAUGAGUUGCAAGAUUCACCAUUUCUCAUGUCUUCAUUUUGCUACACAAAUGACAUCUGAACAUUUUAUUUGUAUUUAAAAGAAAUUAUUGUCAACGUAAGAACAAAUGUACAAGCAAACAUGCAGUUAAAAUUAAAUGCUUAACUUUGAUAAUGUAUGUUUAAGAGGUAAAAAAAAAACCUUCCCAUGUGUUUUUCUGGUAACUACCUUUUUUUUAGUUUUUGCUUUGUGGUCUUGAUUGCCUAACACGCAUGUGGCUGUGAAAUAGUUAACAGGGAAGUAAUGAGAUAUAUUGCUGUAUGGCUAGCUGCAUUCAUGUCUUCUGGACUUUUCAUAAGAACACAAGCAUAAUUGUUAUCAAGAAAAUGUGUAAAGUUGAUGUAAGUGGAAUAAAAUGUUUUAUGAAUGAUUUUUUAAAAUUUCAA